AUGCCUUCUGCUAGUCUGCUAGUCUCUGCAAAGAGAAUUAGCACUAUGCAAUCCUUAAGACAAAUUAAUUUGAAUUUAGCAAGAUCUUUAUCAACUAUCACAACACGUGCCGGUCAAUCUACUUUUAAUAAUAACAAAAGAUUAUUAGAUUCAUCAAAGAGAGUUGUUUACUCCAAGAGAACUAUAUCUUCUGUUAAUGGUGUUGGUACUUCAGGUACUAGAUCUACUGUUGUACAAUUAUUAAAUAAUAUUAGUACUAAAAGAGAAGUUGAACAAUAUUUAAAAUAUUUUACUUCUGUCUCUCAACAACAAUUUGCUAUUAUUAAAGUUGGUGGUGCCAUUAUUUCUGAUAAUUUACAAGAAUUAGCUUCAUGUUUAGCAUUCUUAUAUCAUGUCGGUUUAUAUCCAAUCGUUCUUCAUGGUACUGGUCCACAAGUUAAUGGUAGAUUAGAAGCUGAAGGUAUUGAACCUGACUAUAUUGAUGGGAUUAGAAUAACUGACGAACAUACUAUGGCUGUUGUUAGACAAUGUUUCCUUGAACAAAAUUUAAAAUUAGUUAAUGCACUUGAAAAAUUAGGUGUUAGAGCAAGACCAAUUACAUCUGGUGUCUUUACAGCAAAUUAUUUAGAUAAAGAUAAAUAUAAAUUAGUUGGUGAUAUUAGUGGUGUUAAUAAAAAUGCUAUUGAAUCAUCAAUUAAAGCUGGUGCUUUACCAAUUUUAACCUCUUUAGCUGAAACUCCAUCCGGUCAAAUGUUAAAUGUUAAUGCUGAUGUUGCCGCUGGUGAAUUAGCUCGUGUCUUUGAACCAUUGAAAAUUGUUUAUCUAAAUGAAAAGGGUGGGAUUAUUAAUGGUGAAACUCAUGAAAAAAUUUCUAUGAUUAAUUUAGAUGAAGAAUAUGAAGAUUUAUUAAAACAAAGUUGGGUUAAGUAUGGUACUAAAUUAAAGAUUAAAGAAAUCAAAGAGUUACUAGAUUAUUUACCACGCUCUUCUUCUGUUGCUAUUAUUAAUGUUCAAGAUUUACAAAAAGAAUUGUUUACAGAUUCAGGUGCUGGUACAAUGAUCAGAAGAGGUUAUAAACUAUUAAAAAGAUCAUCUCUUGAUGAAUUCCCAUCUACUGAUUUGUUAAGACAAACUUUAGAGAAGGAUGCAGAUGUCGUCUCUGGUAAAGAAUCUGUCUCUACUUACUUAAGAUCUCUUGAGACUGCCAAAUUCGUUUCUUAUUCAGAUGAACCACUAGAAGCACUAGCCAUUGUUAAAGAAAAUGAUAAUAUUGUUCCUGUACUAGAUAAAUUUGUUUGUACUAAUGCAGCUUGGUUAAAUAACGUUACUGAUAAUGUCUUUAACGCUUUAAAUCGUGACUUCCCAUCUUUACAAUGGGUUGUUAGUGAGGACGAUCCAAACAUUGCUUGGCAUUUUGAUAAAUCCCAAGGUUCUUAUUUGAAGAAUGGUAAAGUCUUAUUCUGGUAUGGUGUUCAAGAUAUUAACACUGUAUCACAAUUAGUUAGUGAUUUUGUCAAGAAGACAACUGCAGAAACUAAUGGUUACAGUACUUCUAGUUCAAGUGGUGUAUUCAAGAAUGGUAAAUCCACUAGAGCUUAUUCAACAAGAUCUACUCCGAAGCCAAAUGGUACCAACACAAAACCAGGGCGUAUUGGUCUAAUUGGUGCCAGAGGUUUCACUGGUCAAAAUAUUUUAGCUUUAGUUGAUAACCAUCCUCAUUUUGAAAUUGCUCACGUUUCAUCUCGUGAAUUGAAAGGUCAAAAAUUAAAGGGUUAUAACAAAGCUGAAAUUAUCUAUGAAAACUUACAAGCUGAAGAUAUUAAACGUUUAGAGGCUAAAGGGGAUAUCGACUUUUGGAUUAUGGCUUUACCAAACAAUAUCUCUGAGCCAAUCGUACAAGCUAUUGAAAGUGUCAAUGGCAAGUCUAAGAUCCUUGAUUUAUCAGCCGAUCACAGAUUUGUCCCAGAAACUGAAUGGGUUUAUGGUUUACCUGAAUUGAAUGAUAGAGAAAGAUUAGCCAAUGCUAGAAAGAUCUCUAAUCCAGGUUGUUAUGCUACUGGUUCUCAAAUGUCGAUUGCCCCAUUAUUGGAUCACAUUGAUGGUUUACCUACCGUAUUUGGUGUCUCUGGUUAUUCUGGUGCUGGUGCCAAACCAACUCCAAAGAAUGAUCCGAAGUUUUUGAACAACAAUUUAAUCCCAUAUGCUUUGACCAAUCACAUUCAUGAACGUGAAAUUUCUACUCGUAUGGGUCACGAAGUUGCAUUCAUGCCUCAUGUAGGUCAAUGGUUCCAAGGUAUCACAUUGACUGUUUCUAUUCCAAUCAAAAAGGGUUCUUUAACCUCCGAACAAGUUGAAAACAUCUACAAGAAAUUUUAUGAUGGUGAGAAAUUAGUUCAUGUUCAAAAGGAUAUUCCUUUGGUUAAGGAUAUUUCUGGUACUCAUGGUGUUGCCAUUGGUGGAUUUAAAGUCAAUGAUGCCGGAGAUCGUGUUGUUGUUUGCACAACCAUUGAUAAUUUAUUGAAGGGUGCUGCUACUCAAGCUGUUCAAAAUAUGAACUUAGCCAUGGGUUACGGUGAAUAUGCUGGUAUUCCAGAAGACAAAAUCGUCCAAUAA